AUGACCGACCUGCUGGAAGGACUGCUGGAACAUUGGGCGGAGGAAUCCUUACAGCCAAACUUGCUGAUCAACCUAAUCGAAUUCCUCCACGAAUCAGAUGAGGCGGACACUUUAGCCUUUGACGACUUGGAAACGACGCCCGCCGAGAUGGAGGAUGACUACCCCGAGGUCCAGGACCCGUUAUUAGCAGCCGAGAUUAUCGGCCUGCUCCAUGAAUAUAAGGAUUGUUUUGCUUGGGAUUAUCAUGAGAUGCCUGGAUUACCAAGAAGUUUGGUCGAGCAUGAACUAAAGAUUAGGGAGGGGUUUAGGCUUUUCCAACAGUCGCCGAGACGAUUCUCGACUGAAGUACAGCUUAAGGUCAAAGAGGAAAUUGAACAGCUCCUUAAAGCCGGCUUCAUCUGCACGGCUCGGUACGUUGAGUGGUUGGCUAACAUCGUACCAGUUUUGAAAAAGACUGGGGCUUUGAGGGUUUACACCGACUACAGAAAUCUAAACCUCGCGACCCCCAAGGACGGAGCCGCGAAGCACGAGCUACUGUCUUUUAUGGACGGCCACGCUGGUUACAACCAAAUCUUCAUAGCCGAGGAAGAUGUCCACAAGAUGGCGUUCAGAUGUCCAGGCGCAAUCGGGACUUAUGAAUGGUUGGUCAUGCCUUUCGGCCUGAAGAACGCCGGCACGACGUACCAACGAGCUAUGAACCUUAUUUUCCACGACCUGAUUGGCCGAAUCGUUGAAGUCUACAUCGACGACGUUGUUGUAAAAUCCCCAUCCAAAGCCGACCACGUAGGGCAUCUCCGACAGGCUUUCAAUCGAAUGCGAGCACACGGCCUAAAGAUGAACCCUAAGAAAUGUGCUUUCGGCGUCACCGCUGGGAACUUUCUCGGUUUCUUGGUUCACCAACGAGGGAUCGAGGUAGAUAAAAAUAAAGCCACGGCCAUUAUGGCAGCACCUCCGCCAAGGACCAAGAAGGAACUCCAGUCCUUCCUCGGUAAGGUCAACUUUUUAAGACGGUUCAUAUCCAAUUUGGCAGGGAAAAUCUGGCCGCUGACUCCUCUGCUCAAACUGAAAGACACAGAACGGUUCGUGUGGGGGGCAGAACAUCAAACGACCUUCGACGACAUCAAGAAAUAUUUAUCUCAACCACCGGUCCUUAUGCCGCCGAAAAGAGGGAAACCCUUGAGGCUUUACAUUUCGGCUUCAGAGGGCUCUAUCGGUUGUUUGCUGGCUCAGAACAACGAGUCUGAGCGAGAACAAGCAGUGCACUAUCUGAGCCGCACCCUUAACAUGGCCGAGCUAAACUAUUCACCGAUCGAGAAAUUAUGCUUGACACUUUAUUUCGCGGCUACCAAGUUGCGCCAUUAUAUGCUUCCUUCGAUCGUUCAGAUCAUCUCCAAGACCGACCUCAUCAAAUACAUGCUCACUCGGCCGAUCAUAUGCGGCCGAAUCGGGAAGUGGACGAUGGCAUUGUCCGAAUUCACCUUCCAAUAUGUGGCUUAG